AUGUUUUUUUUUCAUUCUAGGGUCUUCUGUACCUUGAUGUCGUGCUGCGACCAAGUGCCCUGGUUGUUGGAUGAGCCUCGACCUGACGGCUUCACCCCACUUCACCUCGCCGUGCUCUACGGCCACCUGCCGAUCGUCGACUGUCUCCUUUCGGCCGCGGUCAACGUGAACGCCGAGAGCUCCCUGAUGCUGUCGGGGAGUUCUGGCUCGGCGUUGGGCAACCGACUGACGCCGCUGCACCUCGCCGUGCAGAAGGGCAACGCCGUCAUCACGUGCCUCCUGCUGGCCAGAGGCGCCAAUCCGUCGGCGGUGGACGCGGGAGGCAAGAGUUCGCUUGACCUCAUCCUGCCCUUCCUUCGCAGGGCCGCAGUUGACCUCACCGGUGGAGAGACUGAGAACGCCGCUGAAACCUCUCAACAGUCCGCCCAAUCGGAAACCCCCCAGACGGUAGGAAACAGAAUUGAGCUGUCAAUCGUACCAUUUCUUGCCUCCGUUGCUCGAUACCUCGUCAUCUCUGCCAGCUCCUUGUCGCCAACACGCUCUGAAGAGUGCCUGCAGACCUUCCCAAGUCCACUGAGGAACCGCAUCGAAUCGAUAGUGCAGACCACACUUAAAAGUGGCAUCUCCUCACCCGUCCUCAUUGCAGCCUGUCUCGUCGCCGCCAUUGGUCUUGAGCCGAAUGAAGCAGGGGGAGGGGAGGCUAGAUCGGCCCCUGCCUGUCUCUCGUCGCUCGGCGAUCCGGUUCUUGAGCUGGCGCUCCAUCAGUGCUUCGUUGAGGCUUGCAUUUCCACCGCGACCACUGACACCGACAACGACGGAGGUGGAGAAGGCCCGGAGGAUCAGCAACAGUCUCUCCUUGGUAGCGAGACGUCCACGCUGAACGACUUCUUUGCCGCCGACAACAGAUCAGAACCCCGGGUGCUUCAGUCAGGAACCGGAAGCCCUACAGAAUCGUCGAUGUCGAUAGCCAACUUGUUGGUUCCUUCGGGGUGGACCACGACCAGCGAGCUCUCGCAGCAACAACAACAACAGCAGCAACUACCAGCUGAUUUACCUCUGAACCUGCACGAACUUAGUGAAGAGCUAAGAGAGUGCAUGGUUUGUUCCAGUCGUGAUAGAGCAGCACUCCUCUCACCGUGUGGACACAUCGUCGCUUGUCAACAAUGUACGCAGCUUUUGAAAAAGUGCAUCCUGUGUAGACAACAAGUUGUAACCUACCGCGAGAUUCCCGCGUGUCGAGAAUGCACGUUUCGACCAGCUGUAACUCUGACGCGUGCCUGUAAUCACUUUCUCGUAUGUCGAGAGUGCCUCGUUCCACGAUUGGCUCGAUUGAACCGUGCGCUUGUGGCCGCUGGUGAUGACGAGGAUGAGCAGACGAAGUCUGAUUGGCUGUUAGGCGAAGGAGAACAAAGGAGACACCAGUUGCUCCUGUCCUUGUUUAAUACAGGCGAACUCUGUCCGGAUGGUGUCUGUCCAGAGUGCGGACAGACGGUCACGUCAGUUUGGAGCUUGGAGGCCGCGGUCAGCGGAGUGGUGGGGGGAUCAGCUGAGCGACUUCUUGCCCUCCCGUCCUCUAGUGAUGGUGGAACCUUCAGACGCACAACUCUCCAACCAAGUGAUUCUCGCGACCUGCUCGUACCUAUCGCAGUGUCACAAACACCUACGAUAUGGGUGGCUUCUGAAAAUAACCAAGUCACAUCUGCCUCUGCCAUCACCUCGCCGUGUCUCGUACCCAGGAGCUUAUUCAGUGCUUGUCAAUCGAGCUCGGUCGUGCGACAGACACUGCCUCGAUGCACGCAAGCAGGCGGAACGAAUGCGCGUCCGAACAACAUGCGUCCAAGUGGCGCGCUAAUUUCAAACGGACAAUCCUCUUCGCGUGAACUGAAGCGCCUCCAGCAUGAACUCCAGGCCAUGCGCGAACAGAGCAGAGGUGCGCAAUUGCUGCGAAUCGGUAACUUGGAGGAACAUCAAUUUAUAGGCAACUGGCUUGAGCAAAAUUCUCUUGACAGAAGGUUUGUUACCGGAAUUGUGGUAGAAAACUUUGUUUCGUUCAACUGUUACGCGAAUGGAAAUCCGACACCAAAUUAUCGUUGGUACAAAAUUGGUCUGAUGUCAAGCGCCACUGGAGUGGUUCCGAGGCGGACGCUAGUGGAGCCACUAAAUUCUACCACCGGUCGCAUUUCUACAAGUGGCGGAAAUCUGGUGAUACAAAAUCCGAUAGCAACAUUAGACUCAGAAUAUUACCAGUGCGAAGCUUACAACACUUUCGGGAGCAUUCUGAGUCGGACGGCAAAGAUCGUGUUUGGUCAACUGGAAACAUUCCCGAAACACCCACGCAGGACGAGAAAGGCUUGGGCUUAUCAGAGCGUUACUUUGCCAUGUGAUCCACCUGCCCAUUCUCCUAGAGAUAGUCUAAUCUACUCAUUCUAUAUGCGAAAGGGCCUUAGUCUUGAGCCGGUUGUGCUGUCCGCUCGUCCGGGUGUCUUUGUUUCGCAGGCACAAGCACUUAUUGGUUUUUCGGAGGCAACUUCCCAGGAUUCUGGAGUGUAUGUCUGCAUGAUAACCAUGUACCAGUUGGGUUCUCGCCUAAGCGACUCCCCCAAGUCUCCCGAUAUGCCACUGGUGGUAAUGGAGAGCAAUCAGCGGACACAAGAGCCUCGUAUUUACGAUAGUUUCCCGUCAAUUUGGCCCAGUGACCCAAUCCGAGGUCACUCAGUACGGAUUGAGUGCUUCGCCGGUGGCAGCGUGCAGUCGGGGCCACUGCAGUACGCCUGGCGACGGCUCGAUGGGAUAGCAAUACCCUCGGAUCGCCUUAAAGAGCUCAACCGGGUGAUUGAAAUCCCUCAAGUACAACCCGAAGACCAGGGCGUCUAUGAGUGCAGCGUAACAGACUCGAUGGGUAGUCAGGCACAGCCAAGAACGGUCAGUCUGAGGAUAAAAGCGGUCCCCUACUUCACCAAUAUGGCGAAGGACGAGAUUGUCUCCGUCGGCGACACCGUCACAAUGGUCUGUGAGGCCCAAGGCAUUCCCGAGCCGUCCCAGUUCUGGUACAGGAACGGAAUUCGUGUCAGCGAACUCAUCAGUACCAGCGUCCUUGACGCCACACGGUAUCGUCUGCAGGAUGGAACGAAAGAUCCGGCUUCCCUCGUGAUAUCAAAUGUCGUGGCGGGUGAUUCGGCGAUGUUCGACUGCCUCGCCGUGAACAGUCUGGGGAGCGUGUCGUCCUCGGGUGAACUGCGGGUGCUGGCGUUCGCACCCACCUUCCAGAAGAACCCCAUGGUGCCUGUGCUGGGGAUGGUGGGGCAGAGCACCGUGAUGACCUGCCAACCCGAGGCCGCGCCAGAUCCCGUCGUCUCGUGGUUCUUUCAGGGCUCUCCGCUCUCCCCCGUCCCCAGCGUCAUCGACCCUAGCACUGGUGAAACCACCUGUCCGUCAACUUACUGCACCCUGCCCAGUGGGAACUUGUUGAUAGCACAGCUGACGCGAAUGCAGGAGGGCCUCUACGAGUGCCGCGCGCAAAACCAGUUCGGCACUGCCAGCACCUCUGCCCACCUCACUGUGAUUGAUGCGUUGUCAAUCUCGCUGCAGCCACAGAACAUCAUCGUGGACGUCAACUCGACAGUCAUUGUGCCCUGUAAAGCGAUUGUCAGUUCGUUCUUGGACGUCAACUAUGCCUGGUUCUAUGAGGACGUGGAAAUAAAGUUCGACCGUCUAGAUUUGGACGCCCGACGCUACGACAAAACCCAGUUCUUUCGACCCUACGAUCGUGACUUUGGCUUCCUGCACAUCAUCAACAUCCAGCUCUACGAUGCCGGUCGCUACACCUGCGAGGCCCAGACACCCCUCUCACGCAACCGUGUGACCGCCUACGUCCUGGUCGCCGGCCCACCUGGACCCUGUGCGGGUGUUGAGGCCUCAACUAUUCCUGACACUGAAUUAGUCAUGGUGAACUGGACCAAAGGCGCGGAUCACCUCCAUCCCAUCCUCUACUACAUAAUCGAAGCCAAAGUCGCGGAUGAACCCUGGUCUGUCGUGGUGGCUCGCCUCGAUGAAUCGCCAGACAUCGAAAUUGGUCAAAGUACAAACCGCCGGACAACUACGAUAGGAAAUCUCUACUCCAAUAUACUAUACCAUCUGCGUGUUCUGGCUGCCAACGCAAAGGGAGUUGGCGAACCCUCAAGACCCUCGCGUGGAAUCAUCACCCUGCCGAAGGCGCCCACGAAAUUGGUCCAAAACGUCACUGGAGGAGGUGGCAAACAGGGAACGCUUGUGGUGAGGUGGGAACCGCUGCCAUACUUUGAGCAUAAUGGAGACGGUUUCCACUACAUUCUUCGAUGGCGGGCCUGGGAGGACACGGAGUUCACCGAGGUGCACGUGUACGACCCCCCUCAGGUGUGGAACUCGACCAUGGUGCAGCACACGGUCAGCCUACCGGUCGAACGAUUCUACAAACCAUACGAGGUCACAAUUCAAGCAGUGAAUAAUCAGGGCGUUGGACCAGUUACCGAUCCUGUUAUCAUAAUGUCUGCCGCUCGCGUUCCCACAAACGCACCGCGAAACCAGGAGGCCAACCAGUACAACGGCAGCGCGCUUCUCAUAAAGUGGGCGCCCCCCCUGCUGAGCGGCGACGAGGGUCCCCUCUUGGGAUACCGGCUCAUCUACUGGCGGAGAAACGAGGAGUGCCUCGGCUUGGAGUCCGAUAUCGAACGCUUCGAACAGGGACAACGGCGCACCCUCUAUGGCGGGGACCUGACGUCCGGUUUUAUCAUCGGCCUCGAACAGGACAUCUAUUAUUGCGUCGCUGUUCAGGCUUUCAAUACCGCUGGGGACAGUCCACCUUCAGGUUUCGCAGAACAAACAACAUACAAGCUCUGGCCACAGAGUUUCCCUACGAUGGUUCAACUCAACAGCACCCGCUACCCACGGACAGUCCGCGUCAGCUGGAUCGGGGUUCAGACCACCCUGAACGAGGAGGCCGUGCUCGGCUAUCGCAUUCGCUAUUGGCUUGUGGGCGCCAAUUACAAGGAGGCGCAUACGGACGUGGAUGUGCGAAUGAGGACGUACGGCUACAUUCAGAAUCUGGAGAUCAACAAGCGGUACAACCUAAGGGUGUAUGCUUACAGUCGUGCAGGCGUUGGCAAGAUGUCCUCACCCAUUGUUCAGUUCCAAAUGAUCCCGAGAGACCAGUGCGUACCCGGAGCCUCGUGGGAGGGUCCGGACAUCCACUACAAUCUGGUUUGCUCAGCACUCAAGAUGCACUCGUCACCGCUGACUGUGUUCUUGAUAAUAGUUCUCUUGCUUCGACAACUUUAA